CAAUUCUACCCCUUAAAAGCCCACUAUUUCACGAUUUUGACACUCGCUGCUGAAGUAUGUGAUGCAGAGCUCGGGCUAGAGCUUGUUCUUCUUCUGAAUUUCGCUGCAGCGCGCGCUCCGCCUUCGACCGUGCAUCGAACGAGGAACUUCCAGCGAAGUAGAGGAAACACCGGUUGAGUAUUAGGAGGAUGAGCGGAGGAGGAGGAGAGAAAGGGUCGGCCACUACAAAGACCCCCGCAGAUUUCCUGAAAUCUAUUCGCGGGAGACCAGUUGUCGUCAAGCUGAACUCUGGAGUCGAUUAUCGAGGUAUUCUGGCCUGCCUAGAUGGAUAUAUGAACAUAGCAAUGGAACAGACGGAAGAGUACGUCAAUGGGCAGCUGAAAAAUAAGUAUGGAGAUGCUUUUAUUCGAGGAAAUAAUGUUCUGUAUAUCAGCACUUCCAAGCGGACUCUGGCAGAUGGGGCUUAGUGUUUGAUUGUGCUAUGUAAUCUGGCAUGGUGGAGUUAUGUGGUCAAGCUUUUGAUGGGCACGUUCUUGGUUGCAGGUCAUUGUGGCUCUAGAAUUGGGGGAAAGUGAACAUAUUCUAAAUUUUAGAGCUGAUUUGUGAUUCUUACUGAUAAUCCUGCAUCUCAUGAAAUUGGUUUGUGAAUUGCUUGACGAGCACUGGUAAUGCCCUAGCUCUUCCUAAUUUAGCAUGUCAUCAUAUUUAUGUGGCUCUUUGUUUGUGUAUUGCCGUUUGGCUUAAUGCCGUUCUGUUUAUGAAGAAGGUGAAUUGCAUUCAAGCAUCAA